AUCGUUAACUACAUGGCUAAAUGCAGCAGUUGUGCUUUUGUGUACUAACAAAUAGAAUAUAAUAGAAAAACUUUAAAAUGAAUAAAACGAUAACCACUGAGUAAGUAGUGUCAAAUGUUAAAAUUAUGAUCUAAAUUCAAAAUAAAUUAUAAUACAUUUCUCAAAACAUAAUUUUAUCUAGCUGUAUGCCUAAAUUUGUUACCUAUUGAAAUUAUAAAAUAUAAAUGUAUUAGUUUUUAAAGCACUGAGCAGAGUAACCACAACCAAACAAAUAAUGAAUAGAUAAAAUUUUACCUAGUGUAAAUAAAUUUUUGAAUUUUAUUAAAAAUGUAUAAAAAUAAAUUGAAAACGAUAUUCUAUAACAUUGUCUAACUAGAUACCUAUGUGUGUGUAUUUCUAUUUUUAUUUUUAAAUUAAGCAGGCAUGCUAUUAUUUUACUACUAUUAUGUGUUUUCAUAAUUUUAAAAUUUUAACAGAGAUUAUACCAAGAUUAAUGAUGAAAGUAAAAAGAAAAGUAAUUUGAAGCGCAUAUGGCAGGACGAAGAAGACCAAACUAGUUCCCAGUAAUUAAACCUUUAGUAUCAAUAAAUUAUUAUAAAAAUUAAAGAUUUUAUUUUGUAUCUAAUUUAAGUUUUAUGUGUUGUAUAUUAUUAAGUAUAUUUAAACUAACUUGCAUGCAAUUAAUUGGUUUUUAAUUAUACAGAAAAGAGCACAAAAAACUUUUGCGACAAAAAUAUGUCGGAAUUGUUGGUAAACCAAAAUGGGCAAAAAUCACUGCAAAUCAAUCAAAUGAAAAAGUAUUAUCUGAUGAUGAAGAAGAUUUAGAUUUACUAAAAGUAAUUAUUAUUUAGAUAUAAUAUAGGUAAUAAAGCAAUAUUUUGUUAAAAUGUUUUCAAUUUUAUAUUAUUUUAGUACAGUGGUAAUUUGGCUCGAAAUAAAAAAGGUAUAAAUUUAGCUAAAGGAUUAAUUGGAAUAAAAAAAUUACACAAUUUAAAUUUGUCCUCGUCAUCUUGUGGUAAAAUUGUGAAAUCUUUAGAAUUUCAUCCAUCAUCUAGUUUGGCUUUAAUUGCUGGGAUAUCAGGAAGAGCUUCAAUUGUUCAAGUAUGAUUCAAAUGUUUGAUUUAAAAAUAUAGUAUGUUCCUAUAGAAAUAAAUAAAAUUCCAACAGGUUGAUGGAUUUAACAAUGAAAAAUUACAAUCUGUGAAAUUUCAAAAAUUUGCUAUUGACUGUGCACAUUUUACUACAGAUGGAAAACAAUUUGUUGCUGGUUCAAAAACACAAAAAAAUUUUUACUGUUAUGAUUUAUUAGAAGGAAGAUCAAUGUUUGUUCCCGUUCAUCAUAAUAUUGGAUUAACUAAAAUGGAUGUAUGAUCUAAGUUAAUUUUAAUUAUAUUUGUUUUUUAUUUUAAACAAGCAUGUUUACAGAAUUUUUGUAUGUCACCUGAUGGAAAACUAAUAGCUAUCUGUGGCAACUUUGGAGAAAUUCACCUAUUCACUGCUAAAAGCAAAGAAUGGAUAACUACAUUAAAAAUGAAUGGUGCAGUAUAUGCCCUAUCUUUUACUAGCAAUGGAAAGAGAAUGUAUUCAUUUGGAGGUAAAUUUAUUAAAAUCUUUUGAGUUAAAAAAUAACUAGUAAGUUUUGUAUAACACCAAAAACAAUAACUGUUUUAGAGAUGUAUACUUAAUUUUAUAAUUUCAUAAAAUAUUGUUAAACUUUUGUGGGUAUAUUUUUUUUCCAACACAUUUGAUUAUCAAAUAUUGAUCUAUUAAAAUUGUUGAAACUAACUGUCAUAUUCUUCUCUUUCGCUUUCAUUCUGACUAUUUUUAGGUCGCCCACAAAUAUUUAAUUAAUUAUAAUAAACUUAUGAAUGUUAUAAAUUAUGUUUAAUAAUUUAAUUAUUCUAGAAAGUGGCGAAAUUUAUGAAUGGGAUAUGAAUAGUCGAACAUGUAUUAAGAAAUUUUUGGAUGAUGGUUGUCUCCAAGGUACUAGUUUAACAGUGUCACAUAAUGAUCAAUAUUUAGCUGCAGGCUCGUCAUCGGGUGUUGUCAAUUUAUAUAAUUUACCGUGUGAUAUAAAUCCAAAACCUGAGAAAACCAUUUUAAACUUAGUAACAGGAGUUUCAAAAUUAAGUUUUAAUAAAAGUUCAGAUAUUUUAGCUAUGGCUUCUAACCAAAAGAAUGAUGCUAUUAAAUUGGUAACUAUUUACAAUUCUCAAAAUUAUGGUUUCAGUAUGUUGUACUAUUAUCUGUACAAUUAUAUAAUUUUUUUUUUCAGCUGCAUGUACCAUCCAAAACUGUUUUUUCCAACUUUCCCACAACAUCUGAUAAUAUUGGAAAAGUUAAUUGUAUAGAUUUUUCACCAAAUAGUGGAUAUCUAGGUGUAUCUAAUAAUAAAUCUGAAGCUCUUCUGUACAGGUAAACCAUUACAAUUUUGUAUUAAAAACACAACUAAUAUCAUAAGUAUUUUGAAGUAUUUUCAGUUUUCUUGAUAAAUUAUAUGAAUAAUAGAAUAAAUAACUAAACUGUUCGAAAAUUGAAUAUUUUAGUUUCUGAGUGGAGAAUAAUAUGUUAUAUAUCUCGCAAAACAUUUUUUUUUUAUUGUUAUUAGUAAAAAUACUUGUAAAACCUCUUUUUUAUGUACAAUUGUAGCUGAUCCUUUUUUUCGAUGUGUUGUAAACCAUUGAAUACGACACUACAUUGAAAAUUUGUUCUCUAUUUUACUUUCAAUGUUGGAUAUAAAUGUGAUGCAAUGUGUUCAUAGACAAUUUUAAUUGCCACCAAAUUUUUUCUCUUUUCUCAAAAAUUUCAUUCUCGAGGCUUUUGAAAGUAAUUGCCAAGUAGAUGUUACUUUUAUUGACUUUGAAAAAGCCUUCGACAGAGUCUAACACAACUUACUAUUCCUAACUCUCAGGAAGUCAGGGUUUAGUGAUCCGCUAUUAGCUUGGUUCAAAUUAUACUUGUCUGGAAGGUACCAAUGGGUGAAAAUUAAUGAAUAUAAAUCUGAAGUCUCCUAUACCUUCAGAUGUUCGCAAGGGGGCCACUUGUCACUUCUACUACUCACCUUGUUCAUUAACAGUGUCGAGAAGAGUCCCUAAUUAUAAUAUUCUAGCAUUCGCAGACUACCUAAAAAUUUUUUUUCGAAUCGGCAAUGACUACGACUUUCUUCUGUUACAAAAAGAACUUACCACAUUAAUCUAUUUGUCUUAACAUGAAUGUUAAUAAAUUUCAAUCAAUGUCCUUCACCAGAUCUCAUGCUUUAAUUGACCACACCCACUCGAUUAACAAUAUCAAUGUAUCAUCAAUUUAGUUGUAAGGGAGUUAAAUAAUUUAACCCUUAUUCACUUCUCAUUUAACUUAAUGUUGAUCUCUAAAAACAAUUUUUUAAAUUUCCUGAACAUUUUCAUUUUAUGGAGAAAUGACUGAUUCAUUUAAGUAAGGUUAAACAAUAUUAAUAAUACUAUGAAUACUAAGGAAGAAUCACUUACGGAAAUCACUGUAUGAAUGUUUGUUAGUCUUACAGGAAAUCUUAACUUUAAGUCUAAUCUCAAAAUUCUCAUUAUACCAUUGUAUCCAAUGCAACACAUAUUUUGAUAAAUGAAGAUGGAAGCUAAACUAAAUAUCUUUCUAAUUUUCAAUUUUUGAUGAUUAAAAUUUGAUUAACUGAACUUCAUUAAAUAUGUAUACUUACAAAAGUUGCACAUUCAUAGUACGAAUAAUGUGCUUUUUUAAAAAUUAUUUCUGAAUUUUAUAUUUCCUUAGUUACGUAGUUACAAAUUAAAAAGAGCAGAUGAUAAAAAAAAAUGUAUAAAAUGUAAAUAAACACCAAUCAGAAUCAGUAUUUUAUUUGUGUUAUGAUUUAUUUAUGUUUAUAGUAGCUAAUAGAUCAAUAUAACUAAUUGGUAAAUUAGUUGACAGCUUAUUUAUAACUAUAUAUUACUAAUUUAUAACCAUACACAUAAUAUUGACACUGAUAAUAAUAUUUUUAUUUGUUAUGUUACAGGUUGACACAUUUUGAAAACUUCUAGAACAUUUUUCAAACGAAUAUAAAAAAAAAAAAUAUUUAAAUUAAAUAAAAAUAAAGUUAUUAUUUUAAAAACAAUAUGUUUACAGUAACUUAUUAAGUAUAUUUUAAACUAGCUAUAUAAGAUAAAAAAUAUUUAAACCAUAAUAAUAAAAGUAAAUUAAUUAAAAAUUGAGGAAAAUAAAAAUAUCUUCCCUAAAAGUUUAAAUCUAAGUUAAAUUAGUUAACUUAUUUAUGUUUCAUAUCUAAACUACUACCAAGCGCACUUUCCCAAUGUGAGUUAUCCCAGCUAACUGAACCACACAUGUUACAAAUGUUAAAUGUACGGUUUUUGUCGUUAAAUAUAUCUAGUGAUAAUGGUUUUAUCUGAAAUUGUAAUACAAAAAGAGAAUUAUUAGUAAGACUUAUUUUAAAACAUACAAGUGUAGUUGUAUAUACAUUUAUCUCGCAAUUUUUAUUAAUAUAACCACUCAGUAAUUGACUGUAUGGCUUGGUUACUGGCACAACAGUAGGUAUAGAUGAGCGAGUUGAACUAGCCACUACAGAUAUUGGAGGAUUUGUUCCUUCAUCUGAGGAAUCCUCAUCAUAUUUAUACAAAUCAUUGUCCUCAGCUUCAUCUACAGCAGUAUAUAAAGUAUUUCUAAAAGACCUAGGGUUUUUUAUACUUUUAAUUGCAUCAAAAAUUUGUUUCAUAAUUGGAUUGCUAACUGUCUCAUAACUAUUACUGUUGCAAAACUAGAAA